ACACCCUAGAAGGGUAUAAAAGCCGCAGGGUGGUGGCAGCACAGCAAAGUGACAAGAUGCCGUCUCUCGGGUACCUGCUGCUGUUCUCCCUGGCUGUCGCACUAGUAUACCCAGCAUCUGGAGGAUACAGUGGACAAAGAUGUUCCAAACCCGUUUCUAACUGCCAGACUCUGAAGCCAUGCCAGACAAAUUCGGAUUGCUCAAGCAGUCAGAGUUGUUGUAACAGUGGAUGUGGUCUACGAUGCACUGGUCUUACUGGAUUUGUUAAUUUCUUCAAAAAUCUAUUUCCAUGUGGACAAGGAGGAUGUGGUGGAGGAUGCCAAGGAUGUGGUGGAUCUCGGGGAGGAUAUCAGGGUGGAUAUCAGGGUGGAUAUCAGGGAGGAUACGGAAGAAAAAAAUAGACAUAUGUUUCUUUUCAACAAUUGUAAAAAUGCAUCAAAUGCCUAGAAAUUCAAAAUUGCAUUUCAGAAGAUAUUUUUGUUCCAUCGAGAGCCUGCACAAGAAGCUAAAUUCUCCAAAAAACAAAUUCAAGCAGUGUCAUUAUACUACACCAAACAAUUGUAAUCUUUGUAAAUGUACAAAGCCUAAUGGUUCUUCUGCAUUCCUUUGUACAAAUAAAGCUAAUGAAAUGCUUGA